ACAAGCAACAUCAAGGAGAGAUUCAGCGACGCCAAAUUAACCCCAGAACACUCUAUAUAAAAAGCAGACUACCAUUUUCCACCCACCCAGAUCCAGCAACAACCUGGAAAUGGCUUUCAACUCGGUACUUCGCAGAGCCUCCAAAUCCUUCUUGCCUCUCGCUGUCCGCUCCGUUGGAUCUCCCAGAACCUUCCCCAGAGCUAUCCCCACCGUUAUCUCCGUUGAAAACCGCACCACUCUACGAAACUUCCUUCCAUUUUCACACUUCUCAACAGAGGUCGCCGCACAGAAGCCAAACGCCGAUGAAAAUCUGAUUCGAGUCCUUGAAACUGAGAUCGAUUGCACCGAGCAACCCCAAGAUGGAGAGAAUAUCCCAAAUGAAUUUCCUUUCAAACUUGGAGAUAAUCCUGGAGGGAGGACUAUUUCGCUAAAUAGAAAGCUCCAAGAUGAAACUAUCAAAAUGGAAGCUGACAUGCCUAAUGUUUCAAAUGAUGUUGAUGAUGCCAAUGGCAAUGUGAGUACUACCAAGGGAAGUAUGGAGUCUGGUAUCACUGCUUUCCGUGAUGAGAUCAGAAUUGAUAGCUUGUCAAUUAAAAACGUUAUUCCUGUUUGUUUAUAUCUAUUUGUGGGGGGGUAUAUGAAGGAACGAAAGAGUGGAUUGAGGAAUGAAAGCUCGAAGACUAAGAGAAUCGUGCUUUUGCAAAGAAUUACCGCAGCUUUGCUGAUCCCUUUGAUUAUCAUAUACAAAAAAGUCUCUUCCAUUCUCCUACCCAAUCUCUUUUUAUUCCGGCAUAUAAAUGAAGGGAUCAAAGAGAUUAUGGCAGAUUACGUUCACCAAGAAAUGACCCGAAAUUGGAUCUUGGUCUAUUUGAGAUUGUUCCUUUUAAUUGUAAUCAAAGAUGUUUUCUUGUCUUUCGUUUAGCCCCACAACAACCUUCCUCUUCCUUACCUGUUUUAGUAGUGGCAUCUACUUUCAUUGUAAUGCUCCUAAGAAAAUUAUGAUGAACUUGCAUUUCGAGGACCUGAUUUUAAGUAAGUUUUCUCCGAGGACCGUUCAAUCUCUUAAUCACUGGCUGGUUUUUUGCUCACUUCCGACAUGGUUUUUCUUUGGCGGUGAUUUGGAUGAGAAUUUCCAUAAUGGUCUCUUUUAGUUUUUAAGCUUUGUAAAUGGUUGUUUCUAAGAAAUAAAAAAUGUGUGUUAGUUAA